CAAACAGAUGUUAUUUCAUUGAGACAUGCACCAAACCAGUCCUACUUUAGUCACAGAAUCCAUAAGUAUGACCACAAUCACACACACACUCUCUCUCUCUUUUCCUGCGGUGAGAUGAAGUCCAGCCAUUUGCUUCCCGUUUUAUGAGCUCCACCCUUUCUUUUGAAAGCACGGAGAUAAGGAAGCAGAGCAGUCAAAGACAGAGAUGAUGGCCGCGAGAGGAGAGAAGCCGCAGGUGACGGAGAUGCCGGAGAACGGCACGGCAAGUGAGACGGAGAAGAUCGAAUACACAGGUUGGAAGGCCAUGCCCUACAUCGUAGGGAACGAGAUCUUCGAGAAGCUUGGAGCGCUCGGCACCAUCACCAACCUCGUCGUCUACCUCACCGCCGUCUUCCACCUCAGGAGCAUCACCACGGCCACCAUCGUCAACGUGUUCAACGGCACCACCAACCUCGCCCCCGUCCUCGGCGCCUUCCUCGCCGACACCUACUUGGGCCGGUACGCGACGCUGGGGCUUGCCUCCGUUGCUUCCCAACUGGGACUGCUCAUCAUCAUGCUCACUGCUGCCGUCUCCCAGCUGCAUCCUCCGCAGUGUGACCCCGGCCGACUCUGCAGUGGCCCGACACCCGGGCAGCAAGCCUUCCUGCUCUUCGGCCUCGCCUUCCUCGUCAUCGGAGCCGGCGGCAUCCGGCCAUGUAACCUGGCCUUCGGCGCCGACCAGUUCGACCCCCGCACCGAGGACGGGAGGAAGGGCAUCGACAGCUUCUUCAACAUCUACUACUUCACCUUCAACAUCGCCAUGAUGAUCUCCGCCACCCUCAUCAUCUACGUCCAGAGCAACGUCAGCUGGAGCGUCGGCCUCGCCAUCCCCGCCGUCCUCAUGUUCUUCUCCUGCGCCUUCUUCUUCCUGGGUUCCAGGACGUACGUGAAGGUGAGGCCGGAGGGCAGCCCCUUCAGCAGCAUCGCCCAGGUGCUGGUUGCGGCGUUUCGGAAGCGGCGCUUGAAGCUCCCCGAUGACCACCCCGUGGAGUCCCUCCUCGAUCCACCGCAUCUCAGCUCUCUCAUCUCCAAGCUCUCCUACACCAACCAGUUCAGGAUUCUCGACAAGGCUGCAAUCGUAACUCCCGAGGACGAGAUCAAACCAGAUGGGUUUGCCGCAAAUCCAUGGCAGCUGUGCACCCUGCAACAGGUCGAACAGGUGAAGUGCAUCGUAAGGAUCAUUCCCGUCUGGUCCACCGGCAUCCUGUACCAACUUGCAGCGACGCAGCAGCAGACCUAUGUCAUCUUCCAAGCCCUCCAAUCCAACAGGCACCUGGGGAGGAGCAACUUCCAGAUACCGGCGGCUUCCUUCGUGGUGUUCCCCAUGCUGGCGAUGUCACUCUGGAUCCCCAUCUACGAUCGGAUCGUCGCCCCGCGGCUGGAAAGGAUCACCAAGAAGGAGGGAGGGCUCACGCUGCUGCAGAGGAUGGGAAUCGGGCUCGUCCUCUCCGUGGUCGUCAUGGCAACCGCCGGCGUGAUCGAGGAGCGGAGGAGGAGCCACGCCCUGCGCCACCACCAGAUCGUGUCGCCCUUCUCCUCCCUGUGGCUGAUCCCGCCGCUCAUCAUCCUGGGCGUCUCCGAGGCGUUCAACGUGAUCAGCCAAGUGGAGUUCUACUACAAGCAGUUCCCGGAAAACAUGCGGAGCAUCGCGGGGUCGUUGCUCUUCUGUGGCUUCGCGCUCGGGGGUUACCUGAGCAGCUUGAUGGUGACGGUGGUCCACCGCAGCACCGGGCGAGGGCAGAGCAAGAACUGGUUAGCCGAAGACCUCAACAAGGGGAAGUUGGACCUCUUCUACUUCUCCAUUGCCGUGUUAGGGGUCCUCAACUUCAUCUACUUCGCUGCUUGCGCCAAGUGGUACAGAUACAAAGCUUAGACGUAGCAGCAGCAACAUAUAGGUGUAUAUCUUGUCCCAAUUAAGCAUGUCAAGAUAACAGAGCACAAGGUCAUCAAGUCUCAUCGUUUGCUGCUUAAA